CUCUGGCAUCCCGUGUAAACUCUCUAAUCCUUCCUGUGUCUCUCGCCGCCUCGCGCGUUGCUUGAUCUUAGGUGAAACUGAGGUCGGAAGCAGAGCAUCGCCAACAUACCUGUGGAGGCAUGAAGACAUGGCAUGAAGCAUUUCCAGUGGGACAAACUGUAUGGCAGAAAAGCAACGUAACUUAAAACACCUACAUUUUUGCAAUGGGCCCGAGUUCAUCGCCGGAAAACUUUCUGCUGUUCCUCUGGAUUUCAGGGAUCUGUGGUGGACUGGCCCAGGCUCAGCUCAUGAAAAAAGAUAACUGCACCAACUACCAGCUCGUGUUUGAGCGGGUGUUCUCUGUCCCCGGGGACGCGGCCAUGCUGAACAGCACCCUGCUGUCUCCGGACGUCUUUGACUUCACCGCCGUCCCCUUCAACAUCACCUGGUUCAGCACAAAGACGGGACAGGAGAUGAGAAACGAGACGGGUCGGAUUCUGGUGCUCCAGGAGACGCUUUGGUUCCUCAACACCACCAUGGAUGACGAUGGGGAAUACUUCGCUGUAGUGCGAACUCCUUCUCAGUGCUACAUGCAGUCCACUAGGCUGGUGAUAAAUCUGCCAGAGGCCGGAGAGUGUGGAAGGCCACAGAAAGCACAUGACACUCUCACAAAUGGCGUGGCUGAUAGAGUGAACUGCCUUCUGGGGGAUUAUGUUGAGAAACUGGACAGCUACGGCAUCAGCUCCUCUGUUAUGUGGUACAAAGGCUGUGAUCCCAUACCGAAGGACCCAAGCAGCCAAAUCUACUAUGACAAGAACAAGCUGGCUUUCUACAAGGUGAACACUCAAGACAACGGCAAUUAUACCUGCACUCUGACCUUUACCCUCGAUGGGGUGACGGUAACCGUGUCGGAGACCACCGAAGCAACGGUCAAUGAUAACUACUCCCUCGCUCCACAAGUUCAUGAGCCGCAAAAAGAAAUAAUCAAGGAGGCAAUAGGGUCAAGGUUCACAAAGCGGUGUCUGGUGUUUGUGCCCGGUGUUGGGAUACCGUUCGUUGACGUCAUUUGGUUGGUUGAUAGAACGGUCAUGUUUGAUUCUCGGCCGUCUGAACGCAUCUACACGUCAGAUCUGCGUUUGUGGACCCAAGAUAAACCGAAGGGUGUGUGGCUCGAACGGCUGCUUAUCUUCGCCAAACUGAAGAAGGAGGAUUUCUACAUAAACUACACCUGCAGGGUUUUCAGUUCCCGAGGCUAUCCGGAUGAAUAUUUUACUUUGUUACCAACAGAUCCGAACAUCAUCCUUCCCAUCGGAUUAGUCUUUGGUGGAGUGACUGUUCUCUUCGUCAUCAGCGUCACCGUCUACCACGUCUUCAGGAUAGACAUUGUGCUGAGCUUCAGGAGAGCAUUUCCAGUCCUUUAUACAAACAAAGAUCUCGAUGGGAAGCUGUACGAUGCCUAUGUGGCGUACCCCAAUCCUGGCGCCUCCGGGUUCAGCGACGCAGUGGAGAAGUUCGCCCUGCAGACGCUGCCUGAAGUGUUAGAACAGGCCUGUGGCUACAAACUGUUCAUAGCGGGCCGUGACGGCCUGCCGGGGCAAGCCAUCGUGGACUCUGUGGAUGAGAACCUCCAGGCGAGUCGUCGUGUUCUCCUGCUCUACACCGCUUCCACUUUCAUCAAAGAGAGGCACACGAGCGGCACCGGCAGCAACAACAACAACAUCACCAAGACUGGCGAGGAGGUCGACCAAAUCCAAAGUAGGACCAGUGAGGGCGACGGCAGCCUGGGUUUUGGUGGUGACGACAAAACGUUUUCGGACACAAGGCAGCAUCUGGAAUGUGUGGCAUCCCUGAACAGAGCGCUGCUGGAGGGCUCCUUAAAGGUCAUUCUGGUGGAACUGGAGGAGAUCACCCCGGCCCAGCUGGCCGUCUUCCCCGAGUCGGUUCGCCACCUGAGGAAGAAACAGGGCGCCGUGUGCUGGUGGAAGGCUCUCCAAACGAGGCAAAAACGGAGGACGAGGAGAGAAGACGAGGGAAAGGACUCACAAGUGUCUCCGUCCCUCUCUCCUUCCUCCAGGUUUUGGAAAGAAAUUAGGUAUCAUAUGCCAGUUAGAGGCAAGAGGGCAGUUUAUCCAGAGAAAACUGCCUUGUUGAACUUAUGACCCAAAUGGUCAGAGGACAUUUUUGCCACUUCUUGUCAGUUAAGGGUCCAGUGCUGCGCAACAUGUACAGAAAUCGAAGAAACCUCAAAACCAUUUGAUGUGUGUAGCAUGACAGCUAUUCCUGAAGACAAGAGUUGGAAUUAUUUUCUAAGUGUUUAUGUAAAUAAUUGUAAAUACAAUUGUAAAAGUUCUGAAAGUAUUUGUACAUAUUUGGUCUUGUUUAUAAGGUUGUAUAGAGAAAAUGAAAGCUGUGAGUUUUUUGUACACUAAAAAUAUAAAUAUAAGCCGUUGGCAAAACAGUGAAAUGACUCUCCCUCAAACGUUUUUGAAAAUAUUCUGGCAUUAAACAUA